ACCAAAACUAAAAAGUCAACACUUCGCAGUUAAAAAAAAUAAAAACAGACAUUAUACGCGUAAUAAGUAGUAGAAAAGUCCCUACAAAUUCCGCAAAUGAUAAAACUUAUGUGUUAAAGAUCAGACGUGAAUGUUUUUAUUAUAUAUUUUAUUUUUUAGUUUAGAUUUUUCUAUAAACAAAUUCUAUGAGCUCUUCAGAUCAAAUAACAGAUCCCGACGAAGCUUCAAGGAAUAACCCAGAAGCCUCGUCAAGUAGCUUAAACAACGAAGAAAAUUCCACUACUGACAAUAAAGAGGACGCUAUGAAACGGGCUGCUGCCAAGAAACUCAUAGAAAGAUACUUUUAUCAACUUACCGAUGGCUGUGGAAAUCCUAGCUGCGAUAACAAAUUCUGUGCAUCCAGCGGGGAAUUGAAACCUCUUACUCCCGAUGAAGCGGCCGCUCAAGCUAUCCAACUAUUUUCUCAAGAAGCAAGACUAUGUGAAAGACACCCAAACAAAAUUGCACGUAAACAAAACAGCAUAUUAAGUACUAAAAACAGUGUCACGUCCCCUGAUAUAUGUCUUGAAAACGAUACCCUCCCUACUAAUGACAUUGUGGUCUCAAGUACGGAUGAAAAUAGCAAAAACAGUGUAAAAUACAACUGUGUUCCGGUCCCUUCGUUUUUAACUGAGCAGUCUUUAUACGACAUUAUCGAUGAAUGUGAAACAAACGACAGUUAUUCGCCCUUGAUUCGCACCUUGGGUGAAAUUUUUAGUAGUAUUGAGAACCUGGCAAGGAGUUUUGUUCAAACGGAAGUGAGUUCGCCGACGGAAGUAACGUCUACAACAGACACUCCAGGUGAAAUAAAAGGUCUAAAUAAAGAAGAGGUGAGGUCGUUAGAAGGCGAAAAGGAUAAAGAUGAAGACUCCUGCGCGGAGUCAAGUAAACACACUAUUCUCCCAGUCGAUUUGUCCGCUGUGCGGAGAGCAUUUACAGCUCUCUUCAAGCUAAAAACGUCGAUUUUCGAGAAUGCCCUGAUCAACGCUCUUGUAACGCUUGCGGGAAAUCUGCAGAUGGAACUGCCGACGAGGAAAGAACGGGAAAAUCAGGAUGAUAUUGUCAACGUUUUGCUCAUUGUCUUCGAAAUACCUGCUUUGGGUUCGGGGGAUUUCUUGGAAACUGCACUGCCCGCCAUCUGCAGGGCGGCGCAGUGGCUGCCGGUCGAGGUGCAGGCCAAACUGGCCAGGAUGUGGUCGAACGUAGGCCGAAGCAGCAUUAGGAACAUAUUAGAGAACUUACAGCAGUUAAUAACGUUAAGGGUUAUACUGACCCCUUUUCACAGGGACUUGUUCGUGCAAGACGAGAACGUCAUCACGUCUGCCACGAAACUUAUGAAAAUUUUAUACUAUGCAAAUAUGCUGGCGGGUUCCUUGGAAUCUCCCGAUCUGAGGUGCGACGAGAUGUCCGGAUCCAUGGACAGCUCAUAUUUGGCUAGUAAAGUCAACAAAAGCACACCUCCCGUGGACCCGUUGGCCGAGGAAUUGGGCAUACACGUGUUAGACUGCAGGAAACCUUUUUUACCCUUCUCGGAAUUUUAUAAUGAGCUCCUCAGCGACACCGUAGAGAUGGAUAGGGACUUUGCCAAUUACAAAAGUGAACUAGGUAAAUUUAGUUUUAUGCACUAUCCCUUCAUCCUGACACCCGCCACGAAAACGAUGGGACUGUACUUCGACAACAGGAUACGAAUGUACUCGGAACGGAGGAUAAGCAUCCUCCAAGCCGUGACGGGACUGCCGUCUCAACCCUACCUGAGGCUGAAAGUGAGGAGGGACCACAUCAUCGACGACGCCCUCGUCGAGCUAGAAAUGAUCUCCAUGGACAACCCGAACGAUCUAAAAAAACAACUGGUGGUGGAGUUCGAGGGGGAGCAGGGCAUAGACGAGGGCGGGGUCUCCAAGGAAUUCUUCCAGCUGGUGAUCGAGGAGAUCUUCAACCCCGACUACGCAAUGUUCACCGUACAACCCGAGACGCAGACCGUGUGGUUCAAUCCCACGAGUUUCGAGAGUGACGCCCAGUUCACCCUCAUCGGCAUCGUUCUUGGUCUCGCUAUUUACAAUAACGUCAUUCUUGCCGUCAACUUUCCCAUGGUGCUGUACAGGAAACUGAUGGGGAAGAGGGGAUCCUUCGAGGACCUACAGGAUUGGAAUCCGGUGCUCUACAAUAGUUUGAAACAGAUGUUGGAGUAUAGCGACUCGGACUUGGACGAGGUCUUCAUGCAAACGUUCAGGAUAAGUUAUCAGGACGUUUUCGGUUCGACGAUUGACUACGACUUGAAGGAGAAGGGGGAUAGCAUUAGCAUUACGCAAGAAAAUAAAUACGAAUUUGUUGAUUUAUAUGCGGACUUCCUCCUAAACAAAUCCGUAGAAAAACAGUUUCACGCAUUCUACAAGGGAUUUCAGAUGGUGGUCGACGAAUCGCCUCUAGAACUACUUUUCCGUCCAGAAGAAAUUGAAUUAUUAAUAUGCGGCAGUAAAAACUUUGAUUUCGAUGAAUUAGAAAACUCCACGGAAUACGACGGGGGAUACACAGACAACACACAGAUCAUCAAAGACUUUUGGUCGAUCGUACAUGCUCUCUCGGUGGAGGACAAAAGGAAACUUCUGCAGUUCACGACGGGGUCCGACAGGGUACCCAUAGGAGGGUUGAGCAGGCUGAAGCUCGUGAUCGCCAAGAACGGACCGGAUUCGGACCGCUUGCCCACCGCGCACACCUGUUUCAACGUGUUGUUGCUUCCGGAAUAUUCUUCCAAGGAGAAGCUCAAAGAUAGACUUGUGAAAGCAAUCAACUACUCUAAAGGCUUUGGCAUGUUGUAAAAUGUUGUGCUUUUUGUGAUUUACUUUAUUAAGUAGUGUUAAUCGGAUGAAAUACUAACAAAUUGUAAUUUGUUUUAAAUAAUAAUUGUACACAA